UCGGCGGCUGAGUGCACCCAUUUCAUGUGCUACGGGAUUAAAUGGAUGUGGAGCGUCUCUCCUACAUCGGCUCUGGCAAAACCUUGAGAGCAACUUCUUCCUUCAUUUCCUGGAAGGAGGAGCCACACACGAAGCAGCAACCCGCCGGCUACAGAGGGCUGCUAGCGGGCUAACGGCACCGUGAUUCCGACCAUUAAUUGGGUGUUAAGAGUCUAACUCGGAUGCCUCUAUGAUCCAGCUAACCUUACAGCGAGAUAUACAGAGUUCAGUUUGCACAAGAGGUGAGCCAUGGCUGAACCAAACUCCUCCCGCCCCCAAAGGAAGAUGUCCACCUCUGGGGAGAGUGUGUACAAGGUGCUAGGUCUGGAGAAAGGAGCGUCUGCAGAGGAAAUCAAGAAAGCGUACAGAAAACUAGCACUGAAGUACCACCCGGACAAGAACCCAGACAACCCGGAGGCAGCGGAGAAGUUUAAGGAGAUCAACAACGCGAACUCAAUUUUAAAUGAUGAGAACAAGAGGAAGAUUUACGACGAAUAUGGCUCCAUGGGCCUUUAUGUGUCCGAACAGUUUGGAGAGGAGAGCGUCAAAUACUACUUUCUCAUGUCCAAAUGGUGGUUUAAGGGUCUGGUGCUGUGCUGUACAUUAUUCACUUGCUGCUGCUGUUGCUGCUGCUGCUGUUUCUGCUGCGGGAAGUGCAAACCUCCAGAUGACGAUGAAAACUACCAGUACGUCAACCCCGAAGACCUGGAGGCCCAGAUCAAAGCAGAUCAGGACGGAGGUAACACAGUAAUCAUAGGCCAGCCUACAUCCAAUCUGGGUCCAGAAACCCCAGAAGGACAGAGCAUGCCCAUCCCCCUGCCUAUGCCAAUGCCGCCACCUGAGCCCCAGUCGCCAACUUCAGUCAACCCAGUAGUGGAAGAUAGACCUGGGGAGAGCGUACCAGAUUUAAAAUGACUUGAAAGUGAUGGUGUGGACAAGCCUCAACUAGCAAAAGCAGGAAGCCUUCUGCGCCCCUCUUAUGACCCAGCCACAUCUGACUGCUGCCAGCGACCCAGAGAGAAACCAGCCCGCAGUCACCAGCCAACCCACAGUUCAGUCCUGAUCCACCCAGACCUACCCGAGCCACCAAACAAACCCUGCAAGGUGGGCACUGAAACGCUCCCGGCUCCCUUCAUGGAACUUAAAAUACGGAGGAGUAUUCACGCAGAUUAAUGUACUAGAUGCUACAAUCGUCAUGGAGGAUAAUUUUAGGCCAGCUAUUAAGGCCACAAGCCAUCCUCUAACAAGUCUCCUCUCUUCUUCCAGCUUUACACAUGUCCAGCCUGGGCUGGAUGUGACCUUGAUAGCAGUCCAGUUAUCCAGGGCUAGGCUUAAAGUCCAUCUCUUCUGGUCAUUCCAUUCUAACCAGUAAAGGUCUGACACUGGCCAGGAAAAUUGCAAAAAUGGAAACAUGAGCGCCAAAAAAAAACAAAAAAAACACAGAGAGGUGGCUUUGGUUGUUUACCUGCUAUCCAAACCGGGACUGGAACUUGUUUUUUCCUGUCACAAUCUUAACCACCUCCCUUCAUGUUGGACUCCAUUGGUCACCAGCAGGAGCACUUAUUUUCUGUUUUCCCUCGUUAACCUGCCUAGGAGUUGCCCCCUGAAGAAACCCAUACAGGUUGGUGGUAAAUUCAUUGCCACUCUUUGUGUGUUCAUAUCAGUGGCAAGACGAGAACUACGCAUUUCUUCUUCUUCGUGAACAAUUGCAUUUAGUUAAAUGUUGCAUUGUCGUCCUCUAAUGUCUCAAACUAGUCCCAUUGAUGGUUGUGUAAAAAAAGAAAAAGAAAAUUAAAAUAACCUUCAGAGGAGGCAGGAAGUCUAACAGAUGCUUCACCGUGUAAAAAGUUUUCAAUCAGGACACUGUUACAUUUCAUUGCUUUAACGAUAAAUGUCUGAGCCUAAUCUUUGAGCUUCGAUCAGGAGUGGACUUGACGCUUCCACCCCGGCGUGCAUGCAACUUGUAGGGCUGCAUGCCUCUUCUUGUACAGCACUGGAACUCACCUCAAACGACAAACAUGGGACAACUGCUGAGCUUGCAGACAUGCAAACUGUAAACGAACACGAGCCCUUAUGACAUCAUGUGCCACCCUCAGCGGGAAAAAAAAAAAGUACACCCCCCCCAAUAAUAAUCUGCCGACUGAAAUGGACAAUGACAGAUGCCAUAGUCUUUUAACUAGAAAGAACUUACAAUUAUGUUUCUGUUAGAUUUACUUAUUUUUUUUAAUAUAUAUUGCGCUCUUUCUUGUGUUGCAGUCAGAUUAUUCGGUAGACCAAAGCUGGCAGCUUCAUGUAGCCCAGGCCGAUAGUUUCUAGAAAUGCCAUUUGCUCUGUAAGCCACGGUUCAGAUUGUCAAAUCUGUGUGUAUAUUAUGCAUUUCAGUCUAUGCACCGUGUCAGACGGGUCUGUUGCCAUUUUUCUUUUUUUAUUGUACCUCUUACAUUCAGAACUGCAUAAACCCUUAAAGUUACUUGAUGAUCAAUGAACUCAGGUCCAGAUUCACUAAGACUGCAUUGCAGGGCUAUCUCCUGAUUUAAUUGCACCACUAUUACUUUCUAUUUGGGGAUGCUUUGGAAAUUUAUUUGCAGCCUUUAAAAAGAGUAAUGAGCAAGCAAUCAACCAUCUUUACUGCAAAUUUCAGGUACUCCCCCUUUAACUGCAGGACUCAUCCAUUCGUUCCUGCUUUCUUACUGAUUUGUUCUGAGUUUCUGGGAAGGAAAGUCCUCCUUUAUGUACUAACCUGACCCUGGCAGUGCUGUGCCUUCAAGAAUAAUUGCAGCAGUGACUAAAAAUACAAGCCCAGAAUGCAUUCACUGUUGUCUAUGUUAUUUUGCAGAAUCACCCAGGAAUAUUUUGUCUAAAGUAAUUCAAUGCAUGAGCACGAUUGAUUAAAUCUAACCUGAAGCAUUCACCUCCUCUUCAUCUUAGCUCAGUGUGCACACUUGGCAUCGCUCUUCCUUCAUGCUUUAGUGAAUCUGGAUCAGUGUUUGUGUUGAGACACCUUGAAUUGCACAAUAAAUACAGACACUACAGAGAUUUUUGGCUUCAUCAGUUUUAUACAUCUUAUUUGAGUCAAAUGCACAUUUUUCCUUUGUAUUGUUUUUGGUUUCAUGGUUGUUUUUUUUUCCUCUUUUAGAUUUUAGUCACAUUUUCAUCCAUCCUUUAAUUACAGAUGAUUAUUCAGUGUGUCUGCACCUUUAAAGCUGCAGCUAACAUUUAUUUAUUGCUUUUUGCUUGCAUUUAAUGUGAGAAAAUGGUAAGAAAUAUCUAACACUAGUUUCCAUUAUAGAUUAUUUCAUCCAAAAUCUGGAGGCAAAGACAAAGAAAAGCAGAAAAUGAACGUUCUUUAAGAAGCCACAGUUGGCAAAUUGUUUCAGCUCUUAAUUGGGGACGCCAGAAACUUAUUGUUGAGUCACUGCUAUCGUUGACAUGCUAAUGUUGGUGUUGUCCAGCUCAAAAUGUCAGUGGAUCGGCUCAUGACAAAGCUAAUUGCUUUUAGAUGGCAAAUUAUUUAAUUGCUUUCCCUACGGGUGAUUUGAUAGAUUUAAUGCCAUCUAAGGCUGAGACGUGAGGAUUACUGAUGAUGUAAUGUGAUUUUGGUGAGAGUUUGAGCUGCCAGCAUUUUCCAUGAAUCAUCCACUUUGCACUGAUUUAUUGACUUGUCUGAAACUGAUUUUCUUCCUUGACUCAAAAGCUGUAAUGGAAGGCAGAUGAAGCCCAAUAAAUAAGCAAUUUACUUCAACAAAAAGCUCAAAAAUACAAUGGGUUGCGUCAUAAGUGUACUCAGAACACAUCAUGUUAAGCAUUAUUCUGCUACAUCUCCAUGGAUGGAUGAAUAGAUGGCUUUGGGCGUCUUCUGAAAUGACAAAGAAACCUUUUUUUUUUUUUUUUUUUUUUUUUAAAGAAGUAGUUCAACAUUUUGGGAAAUCUGUUUCAUAAAUGUAUUUGCUUCAAUGCUUUUUGCCAACAGACUGUAAAUAAAAGAUGGGCGUCGCCACCUCAGUGUCAACCUUUGGGUUAAUGAAGGCUUGAGCCGAGGGGUUUAUCUGUUUUUGCCAUUUUUAUGAUUUGAAACUGUGCAUGAUGAAUGAGGGGUGGGUCUGACUAAAAAACCAAGGACAUUGCACAAUCAUAGGUUAGCUACUUGUCAAUUACAAAGUAAAACAGCUUCUGUUUUGUUAACGAGGUCACCACUUACAAACUGGACCCAUAAUUAAUGUGUGGAACUAGCGAUCGAGGCCACGUGUUUAAUCUGUAAACUCUCACAGAUUAAAAGAGCGUAGAGCCAUUUCCUUUAGACAUCUAUACAGUUGUGAAACCAGAGUUGCUGCCCCCUGUUGGCCACUAAAUGAAUGACGUGUUAAGGCCCUUCACUGGCUUAAUUUUGUUAGUGUUUUAAAAUGGUAUUGAUGAAACACUAAAUGCAUUUCCCAAAAUGUUCAACUCUUUCUUUAGUAGUGCAUAUUUUAAAAUGGAGAUGUAAAAAUUUGAAAUUGUGAGUCGAAACAGAAUUUAAAUUCACAUACCAAUAUUAUUUUUCUGUAAGUUUAUUUUGUUUUUGUUUAUUUUCCCCUCUCUACAAAAGAAAGGAAAAAGAAGAUAAAGCAAAAAAAAUCCCACUAACCUCAUUUAAGGUCUUUUUUUUUUUUUUUUUUUUUUUUUUUUUUUUUUUAGCAAUGACUCCUAUAUGUCCUCUUAUUUUUUUUGAUGUUACUAAUACUUGGCUUUUUUACUGCUUAGUCUCUAAUUUAAAUAAAAAAAUGAUAUUUUGCUUCCAUGUUAUUUUUAGAUUGUUUUAACGUUUUCAAACCUCAAACAUUGUUUACUGACAUCACGUGGAAGCUGUUCAGUUGUUGUCAUGUGGAGCGUUAUAGUCCUGUGUAGAAUACUAAUGCAAUUUGUUGUUGUGUUUUUUUUGUUUAGUUUUUUUAACAUAAAUUUUGCUCUAAAGGUUUUAUAUCUCUGUGCUGGCCAAAACUAUAGUCACAUCUAAAUUCGGCUUCUAAAACUCUUCUGUAUUACUCGGUGUGUUAUAAUAAAUGAAUGCAGAGCUACGUGUACGACCAUAUUGUGAAAAAACAAACCAGCUUUGAUAAAUUUUUACCAGUCA